GACGCAAUUAGCCGCGACCUCCGCGAGAGCAGCGCGUGCCUUUGGAUCCAGGGCUCUAGACUGUUCCCGAGUUCUCGACUUCUCUUCCCACCUCGCGCCUCCAGCCUCUCCUCGCGCGGCGGGCAGGCGAGACCAUGUGCCCCACGGGGAGGUACCUGGGCCUCGAUCUCUCCGCCGUCGUCGCGGGCGCCGCCGGCGACCUGAGGCCGGCGUUCGACGUGCUGGACGCGGACCGGGACGGCCGCAUCAGCCGGGAGGACCUCAAGUCCUUCUACGCCGCCGCGGGGACCACCGCCGGCGAGCAGUUCGACGACGACGACCUCGCGGCCAUGAUCGCGGCCGCCGACGCCGACCGCGACGGCUUCGUGCAGUACGACGAGUUCGAGCGCCUGCUGGCCAGCCGCGCCACGACCGCCGCCGCCGCGGGGAGAGGGUCCGCGAUGGAGGACGCGUUCCGGCUCAUGGACCGGGACGGGGACGGCAAGGUCGGGUUCGAGGACCUCAAGGCGUACCUCGGGUGGGCCGGGAUGCCCGCGGCCGACGAGGAGGUACGCGCCAUGAUCCGCGUCGCCGGCGGAGGGGACGGCGACGAGGGCGUCGGGCUCGAGGCGCUCGCCAGAGUGCUCGCUGUCGACUUGGAAGGCAUCGCCCUCUGAAAUCUCCGAACUAAUUGCAGAUCACUGUGCGUUGUUUUUCCGUGAUUCUUUUUGGCGUUGGGUUUGGUUGGUGACACCGAGGGAUGGCAUGUGAUUGGUCUGUGGUUGGUUCACGAGGGGCCUUGAGGAGGCGUGUUUGUACUGUACCUGCCCCCUCCAUGAAAAAAAUUGAAAAGUUCGCAUCGCUGCUGCCCAUUGAUGUGUUUUCAAUUUUCA